GGAGACUGUAGAGGGGAGGAGAUUACAGCCAGAGAGUCAUGCUUUUCUUUCAAAACAAGAGCAGAACAGUACUGCAGCCGUCCAUAAACUAGCUCCAUGAAGUUUCCUUUCAGGGCAGUUGAUGUCUGCAUAGUCAAAAGCUGAAAUGAUCUGGUGAUGGCAGUCAGUGGUACUGGAAUUCGAUGAAUCAGACUGCAGUGGGAAGGGGUGAAGACAAGGCCUUACAGAUGUCCCUGUUGUGUCUGAGUUCUCAAACAGUCAGUGGGGUCAUGACCCAGAAGAUGGAAGAAACCCCUCUACCAUCUGCUGUAAAGUUAAGAGGACAGAAGCCCAAGACUGCCAAAAAGAAAAAAGCCCCUCCUCAAAGAGAUGAUGUGUCACAUUUGGUACGUAGUCCAGAAAACAAAAAUGCUACCAUAAUGUGUGGAAGCCCUACAACCUCUCCACAACACUCAAGCCAGACCAUUUCAAGUUGGCAAGCAAAGGUAAAGGCACUCAAAGAAAAUACACUAGCUACACAGUUAUGCCCCGGAGAAAGGAUAUCUGCAAGUACGAACAGGCAGCCAAUGAACACUUUUUCCAUAAAACAGUCAUCAGAAGAUGUGGAGGUGAAGCCAGAAGAUCAGCUCUCUACUUACCCGACAGAUAAAUAUUUGAAUGGUGUGGAGGAGGAGACAGAACGGAAGCAUAUUUUGUAUCCUGAAUCUCAAUGCCCACUGCGAAGCCCUUGUGAACCCACAGACUCUAAAAAUGCAACCACACAGAAUAGACAGUGUAGUGCAGAAAAACUUUUUAAAAAUAAAGGAGGUACUUUGGGAGCAUUCGGGUCCCCCAAGUCUGGCCAAAGAAUAACAGGAAGCCUGCAGUCUUUAGAUAAUAUUUUGAGGGACCCUCCACACAAUGAAUGCUACAGAACUCCUGUUUCUGGAAGGCAGAAGACUACAGAAAGGUUUGCAAAACAAGACCUGAAAAUGGGACUCUCGAGGGCUGAAAGCUUGGAGAGCCUGGGUUACAGUGACAGUGCUUCCACUGGUAACCAGUCAAGAAUGCUGUGGGGAGCUGAUAGCUGGAACAGUAUUGGAACUAGUAAUGCUUCAAGUCUGUUGUCAUUAGCAGAAAGGAUUGAAAUGAAUAAAACCCUCCUCAAACAGAUGCUAAGUGUUACGGGUCCAAAACACACUGAAGAUGAACGACUGUCUCAUGAAAGCAGUAGCAGUAGCAAAAAGGACAUUCUUUCAGUGCCAGACCACACUGGGAAGGGAACAUUGCCAAAUGACAGUGACUUGGACUCUGGCAUUUCUUUGCAGGAAUCUGAAGGAUCAAGAGCCUUUGUUUCCAGUGAAGACCUUCCACUAAGUCCCAGACAUGAGCAGGCAAAACGACUGCUGGAAAGAGCACGUAUGAAGGCCAGGACUCAUCCUCUCAAAGCUGACCAUACUAUCCAACCUCUCAAGCAAGACAGUUUGGGAUUCCAGUGCACUGAUGUUCAAGACCAUAAGAAAAUCACAGCUUUCAAGGAUAUUAGCGGAAACCUCAGUGAUUCUUCCAGUGGAGAGUCCAGCUGUGGACCUCAUAGGAAACGUGGGCAGUCACCAACUCGUGUUCGUUUUGAGGAUGAGUCGGCUCAAGAAGCAGAGGUUCGUUACCUGGAAAGGACACAACAAAACAAAAAGGAGACAGUGGAGCCUACCAUAACCCAUGGAUUUGGUCUGUUACUGUCUAAACCUGAUCUCACAGCGUAUAUCACUAGUAGUUUACAUCGCAACGAAGUAGACCCCCAGAGGGCAGAACUAAUCAACAGAUUAUAUGAUAGUACCCAAAUGCAGAGGGAUGGCUUCAGUAGAAAAGAUGCCGAUGACAGACCAUCUUCUCUGCUGGGGAAAACGGGUUCUGCUAAGAGCUUACUAUAUCUUGUUGAUGCAAAUGAGCAAUGCAGGACACAUGAUUCCUACAACACCUCAACAAACUGUAACUCAGGGCUUGGCUUUGAACCACCAGCAUAUGAAUUUCCAGGUAUCAGUAUUCUAAAGCAUGAUAAAAAAAACUGUAAUGUCCUCCAUGAAGGAAAACUGCCAACACAGGAAGAAAAGCCAGACCUCCUGCAGCAAGAAACCAGGGUAGUACCCUGUUGGGUACUUCCUUCACAGCACCGAAUUAGAACAGAACCAAUAAAAGAAACUUACAUUGGAGAGGUCACUGCAAUUGAUGAUAUUCACUCUGUUGCUGAAAAUGCUGGUGUUUUGGAAGUCUGUAAGAAAAAAAAUGAAACUCAUGGGGUAGACAUGAAUAGUCCUAUAGAAAAUCUGAGUAACACAUAUCCUUACUACAGACAACAUAUAGACUGUCAUAACGGAACAUUUACAGAAAGAGAAUUAGAAAAUCAACUCACCAGUAUAAAAUGCAAUCCUCAUAUGGAGAUAGAAGACAUGGAGAAGAGAAACAAGUAUACCAAAGAUGCUGAAGGUUACACACAGUAUGUUAAAAAACAGAAAAAAAAUCCCUCAGAAACAAAUAAUAAAUUCCUUGAAUGCAACAACUAUAAUCAAGAGGUCUGUAUUGUCUCCUCUGGGGAGGAGACAUCAGUUACUGGGGUUACUGGUGUACUGCCACUUCAUACUGGAGCAGAAGUGAUUAUUGAAUAUGAAGACCCUUCCCUGGGAACCAUCCAAAUGAGUGGUUUUCCACAAAACACUUUUGACCAGGAAGUACAAAAUGGUAGUGCUGAUUGCCAUGAAAUAUCCCACAAUCAGCCGCGAGACUCUUCUCCAUGUUUACCCUUGCAGUACAGAUCCAUUACACCUACACCACCUCCUCCUCUUUCAUCAUUACAAGGUGAUACAAAGUUCUCCUCACCAAAGAAAUAUCACUUUCUAAGGAAGCUUGGAAGACAGCCUCAGACACAGUGUAAAAGCAACAACCAGAACAUUAAGGUCACCUCUCCCUUACAUCUCCAAAACAGCACUCUGCCCUCAGACUGUAGCCUAGGAGCUCAUAUAAACAGUUUACCUAGUGAAACCUGUUCCUCUGUAUCAUCUGUAUCAUCAUACAGAGCAGCUCAUUUAGGCACAGAAUCAGAUAUUAGCUGGAACAAAAAUAAUAACUUCAUGGACAAGCAGGUAACCAAAGAUGAGAUAAACAGCAAUGAAUCAAAGACACUAAAGAAACAUUCAAGACGUCCAUCUCAGAUGUUAGCAACAGCUAGCCAGUUUAAAUCAGUAUUGGCUUGUGAAGAGCAUAAACAAAUAAGGAAUGGCGCCAGAAGCCAGAAUGCAGAGGUUUACUCCAAUGCUAAAGUGCUUAUGCUGGCAACUGACACCUGUGAGAAAGUGAAUUCAAGUGUGUUUCCAGGCAGAAUAGCUGACAGAAUUUCACUGGACCAACUGCACAGCAGUGGCACAGAGAAUUACAAUGACUCUGUAGACAGCAGGGUACUCUCAUCUAGCGAAGGGCAAAACAGGGGGGCAUCCAAGAUUUCAGGUGCUGAGGUGGUUGGCAGCAUAUCAGUUAAUUCCUCAAGAUUUCAUUCACAGCACUUUGCUAAAACUAUUGAGUCCCCUGACAUUGGGUCCUUGAACCUACCGAGUCAUGGUUCACAGGAGCUUUCCUACAGCCAAGAAUCUAUAGUUGAAACAUUCAUAAAAAAUCAAGAGAUUACCAGAAGAAGCUCUCCAUCCAGAUUUUCUGAAGAUUUGCAUGGAGAAGUAAAGACCCAAGCUGAAAAGAAAUCUAGAGAAGGUCGCCCCAGUUCUGGUAUCAAAAAAUUCUUUGCUGCUAUUGGACAGAACACUGUAAACAAAUUUGGAAGGAUUCGAGCUUCAAGUCUAGAACAAAUACCUACACAAUCCAAGAACAAAGGGGGUGAGGCUUCCUUAACAGAUGAGACAAGUCCAAAACUGAAGAAAGCACCCUCUUUCCAAUCACUUAAACUGAAGGUAUCGCCAUUUUCUCAGCUGAAGAAGGCAUCCUCAGCUCAGAGCUUAUUUUCUUCUAAAAGGACAAAUGACCGUUCCAGCUUGUACAUGGCAGGAGGUGCAGCAGAAUCUCCAUCAGCAGAGAGGAAGACAGGAGUUAAACCUAAACGAUCCCUUAGUGUGGAAGAUGUAGGGUCUCCAGGCUUGUUAAGGACACUUGGACGGUUAGUGGAAACCUUUCCUGAUGGCACUUUUCAACUGGAGCUGAUACGGCCUCCCAGUGGAACUUUUGGAAUUGUUAUCUGCAUAGGGAGUGGAAAGGGUGAUAAAGGUGUCUAUGUUCAACGAUUGGUUGACCAGAACAUAGAGAAACUGUACAUGGGGCUGCUGAUGGUGGGAGAUGAGAUUCUGGAGAUCAAUGGAACAAAAGUUGCAGGUCUGACCUUACAGGCCUUGAAUGAGCUUAUGAUGCAAAAAGACACAUUGUCACUUCGAGUACUUCGAAACAUCAGAAUUAAACGAUGACAGCCUUUGAAAAAAUACAGUCUCGCGGACUUAAACUUUGUCUCUCAAAUAGGGGAAAAGGGCGCCCAAAGAUCAUAUGACAAAGAUAUCAAGACCCCUGCUGGAAAUCAUCCUUAAAGUCAUGACUGGGGUGCACUUUUUCUGCCUCAUGGCAUAGCAAAAGCUGAACACUUGAUUCUUUGUUUACAGGAAGUUAAGGGGACAGUGCAAAACAAUCAUGGAUAAACAAAAUUGCGGUGAUCUGUAUAAUUCCAGGAAGUAAUUAUUCAUUUCAUAGUCCACUAGUUGUCUUAUUACAAAUGGCAGUUGCAAAACGAGUAAUAACUGCUGAUAUAUCACUGGUAUUUCUGAUAUAAUUGCUGAAGCAUUUGUUAAACCACUGGUUCAUUUAGUAGUAUUUGUAAAGUGUUUUCUCACAGGCAGAGACUCUACUUCAUGUUGCAGUGUUUUAAAUGCAUUAUAGGUUAAUGUCAAGCAAAGUGCACUUUCCUGUUUGGAAGAUGAAAUCGUUUUUACAAAGAUAAUUCAGUUUAUGUUGAAUAACAGUAAGUGAUUUUGUUAUGAGAGCACAGCCAGACUCUGUUCCCUUUUCAGUCCUCACCAUUCACAAAAGCAGGAUAUCAGGGUCUCUAGCACCUUAAAGAGUUGUUUUUAUAUAUUUAUCAUGUUUUACAGUAGAGGCCAACCUCAGAUGACAUCACAUGGAAAGAGGGACUAUUUUUUUAGGUUUGUUUACUGUCUUGUUCUAAAGAAAUCAGCAACAUUGGGCAUACUAUGGGAGGCACAGUUAAAUAAGACUGUGCCAGUGGUAGUGGGAAUGGUGGUGGGUGGGGAGCGGGGAAGGGGAUAAGCGUGUAUCUGUGUCAGUAUUAUGUGACAACAUCCUGGAUUGCUGGGAUGGCCCUAACAUGUAUGUCAGCGUCUAAGGACAUGUAAUGUAUUACAAAUGGUACAAUGCCACUGAGUGUUUAUGGAUUUGUACAGGAAACUACUCCUGAGGGGGUCUGUUUUGUUUUUCAUCUGUUACAUUUUUGGUCCUUGUGAACUACAAAAUGUGCCAUUGUUAAAGAAGUCUGCAUCUGUAUUACAUAUUCGUGUAUUAAACAGAAGCAUUCUAAGAAA